AUGCAAGGGUAUCAGAGGAAUUUCGAGGAUCAACAGAGAGAUCAAAGAGAGGAGGAGACGAUAGUUGUAGAUCUCGUACCGCCGCAGUAUCAACUCAGCCCACCCCACAGUCCGCCGCCGGGGAACAUGCCGAAAACACCGGAAAAAGAAUCUUCGCCGUCGCAUCAGCAACAGCAACAACAACAACCGUUGUCCUCGAUGGAUCCGAACAUCAGAAGAUACCGUACGGCGUUCACUCGAGAACAAUUGUCUCGUUUGGAGAAAGAAUUUCAUCGGGAAAAUUACGUGAGCAGACCGAGGAGAUGCGAAUUGGCUGCGCAAUUACAUCUACCGGAAUCCACGAUCAAGGUCUGGUUUCAAAAUCGUCGCAUGAAAGACAAGCGGCAAAGAAUGGCUAUGGCAUGGCCGUACGCCAUGUACACGGACCCGACGCUCGCUGCCACCCUGCUUGCCGCAGCGACGGCAACCCUACCGCCACCCCCGUAUCACGGUGCACCAGGUUUGCCGACUUCUCACCUGGCCCCGGGUUACCCGGCAGCCGCAGCAGCCGCGUACUAUGCGGCCAGAUACACGCCGUAUCCUACCGGUGUUCCAACCACCAGCGCGUCGUCCCUUCAUCGGCCGCAUCCGCGCACCGCAGCCGCUUAUCCGGCGCACCCUCAUCUCCUCCAGCAUCACCCGUCGCUGCCGCCCCUGCACUUAUCGGGCCUGGGCGUUCCUACGGUCGCGAACACCGCCUUCCAGGUGAACAACCCACCCACCAGCGCGGCCGCCACCUACAGGCCUACCCUGUUGCCCGAGCUGAGUCCCGUUCACUCGGACACGUCGAGCGACUGCGACUGCGUCGGCGCGCAGCCACAUCACCCGGGGCACCACGCCAACGGGCAACAGAUACACGAGAAGACCAGCCCCCCGCUGCCCACCUCCCACCCGUCCCAGCACCUAAAGCUACCAUCGGGCCUGAGCAUCGCGGGUUUGCCAACCAGCAUCCAGACGAUCGGUGCUUUCGAAAGUAAAAAUCCGUACGCCAGCAUCGUCUCGACGCCGACCGUGCAGACGACCAAAAUUGACCCACCGAAAUUGUUCCAGCCGUACAAGAACGACAUCUCCGAGAGAGCGUAG